UAGAGGUAAGAGAAUCAUAGACUUUUCUGCCUACGCUGGCUUUGAACCAUGAUCCUCAGAUCUCAGCCUCCUGUGUAGCUAGCUAGGAUUAAAGGCAUGAGCCACCAGCACAUGGCCAUUUUUGUGAAUUUUAUAAAUUUGAACUGAUUUUCAAAACAUAUAUAAAUAGUGUGCCCCAGACUAAACACAAAAACAAAGAAAACAGGACAAAGUAAAAUAAAACCACAAAGAUAUUUGGUGGCAGUGGUAAGGCAAAUAAAGAUAGAGAAAAGCAUAAGAAUAACUCUGACAGGAUGGAAGCUCCCAGAACUAGGGGUGGUGGUGGUGGUGGCAGUAGCAACAGUGAUGUUGGUGAUGUCAAAGGUGCUAAUAAUAAUAAAGAAAAAAAGAGAAGCAGACAGCAUCAGCACUAUCAGCUCUACUAAAUUCUUCCUUCUUUCCAGAUAUUCUUAGUCAGGACAGGCCACUGAGAAAUGACAAGUCAAAACAGCUUUAAUAAUUAAAAGAAGAAAAGGAAAAAAAAUAGUAUACAAAAGACAGUAUCCACCUUUCAAAUGGGUAACCUAUCUGGUGAAUAGAAUCAUGUGACCUUGUGAUGUCAACUGCACUUAGAAUGUUUAUCGUCUAGACAACCUGGCCAGCCUCUUGGGAGCAAGUAGGUGAAUUCCAUACUCUGCUGUGGUCAGAAUAUGGAGAACUUCUCACUCCUCAGCAUCUCUGGACCUCGAAUCUCUUCCUCUGUCUUGAACACAUUUCCUGACAUUAUGUCUCCUCAUGCCACCAGCCUGCCAGACAUUGCAAAGACAGCAGUACCCAGUGAGGUUUCCAGCCCAGCUCAGGCCCUGCCACCCCAGUACCAAAGCAGCGCUCUCCGGCAUGGGGUACAUAACACAGUGCCCUCACCAGAUUGUACCUUGGGGGACACCCAGAACGGGGAGCAGCUGAGGAGAAACUGUACCAUCUACCGGCCCUGGUUCUCCCCUUAUAGCUACUUUGUAUGCACAGACAGAGAGAGCCACCUGGAGGCCUACAGCUUCCCAGAGGUGGAAAGGGAUGAGGGAAGAGGUGACAACUGCCUUCCUGAAGAUAUGACUGAGAGCAUCUGCUCAUCCUCUUCCUCCCCAGAGAACACAUACUCCCGAGAGGCAACCAAGAAAUGCAGGCAUGGCCCAGACUCCACGGAUUAUAUCACAUCCCAGGACAUCAUAACAGCCUCCAAAUGGCACCAGGCCCAGCAGAAUGGCUACAAGUGUGCAGCCUGCUGCCGCAUGUACCCCACCUUGCAUUCCCUCAAGAGCCACAUCAAGGGGGGCUUUAAAGAAGGUUUCAGUUGCAAGGUAUACUACCGCAAGCUCAAAACCCUCUGGGGCAAGGAGCAGAAGGCCUGGCAAGGGGACAGGCUCUCUGCAGGCAGCUGCCAGGCCUUCAAGUAGUCUUGCUGAACAC